GCUAAAUCAAAAAUGGUGGAUGUACCAUCCCUUGAUUUGAAGCAGGUGAAGUCUGAUUUAAUUAUUGCACAAAGAGAAUGUUAUGAAAGAAGACUAGUACAUGCAGCAAAAUGGUAAGACUUUGGAUAUAAUCAAUAUGAAAAUUGGAUAAUCUCAUAUUUUAGCGCUAUAAAUUAUACGCCAUUGACAAGUGAUCAUUAAAUUUCAUUAAUUUAAAUUUAACAUCUAAGUCUAAGUUAGUCACUUGUAAACUGGGUGCAUUUUUUUUAAACCAGUUAUUUUGAGAAAUAUCUGUGGGCUCAAGGGUAACAAAAAAAGAUUGACUUCUCAUUUUCUAUAAUAUGCCGUACUGAGAGUGAGUGCAUUGAACUGCCUUCGUCUUCGUCAACCAAUUGUCAAUGAGAGUCGCUUAGUCGAUUGAUUUGUCACGUGAUGUGAGUAAAAACAAGUAAGACUUCCGGUAGGCUGUAUACAACACACUAGUGCUUGACAACAGUAGCCCGAUACACACUACAACUACACUACAUUUCGUCCAAUGAAAAUUAACAAUAAAAUAAACAAAGGGGAAUGACUCCUGCAUCAAUAUUGAAUAAAAACGCAAAUGACGUCAUGAGCACGCACGGAGCUCAACAACAUCCUGCCGAUAAUAGUAUUGAUAGUUCCCAUCGAAUAUCGCUCACAAAUUGUUCUUGAAAUAACUUUCUUCCUUUAAUCAUAACUGAAGUAUAUUUAUUGUCACAUUUAUGUAUUUCAUUUAAAAAACGCAUGUAUUCCAGAAUAUUUCGAAAGGUAAAAUUUUUAGUAACACGACAUUGGGGAAGCACUGAUGAAGUAUCUUUUGUUGUGUGUAGCAGCCUAGUGAUGGCUUACUCACAUCACGUGACCAAACAAGGAAGUGACUAAGCGACUCCCAUUGUGUCCAAGAAAUAGCCACUGAUAGCUAGGAACAGGCAGUUGCUGGAUUCAGUAAAAGAGAUGACAUUGUACAAAAACCCAUAAACAGAGAAGAUACUACCAUUCAAUUUAUAACAAAGACUUAUGAAACAAUAGUUACAUCCGGUAUAACUUAUAGCAAUACCUUCCUGUACCAGGCUACGGAAAAGACUUUGAGGUGCACAUAUUCCCAGAGUGAAAGGGUGGCCCAGGACCCAGUUCUGUGUUGCAUGCAGCCUCAGAAAAAAGAUGAGAAAGAACAGUGACAUUUUUAUUUUAAAAAGUCAUGUUCCGGUUUGAAGCGCUAAUUAAAUGCUUACUCUUUUAAUUAUGUCCAUUAAUAGUACAGUGGAGAGGAGGUUACAGGGUUUUCAAUGCCAUAUAAAGAGAGAGUUGGCACUGUUUUCUUGUUGUCAUUUAAGUGCCAUACCAACGUGUGAUCACGUUACAGGAGUGCAUAGAAAGAUAUAGCCUUACAGCCUUGUGUAUUGUAUCGGACAGAAGGCUUGUUUAUGCAAACAUAUACCAAAUCAGACAGGGAAUCUAUGAACACUCUGUUGUGGCCCAUCAACAAAAUUUAGUAGAUUGACAAUCUUUAGCUGAUAGUUGUAACACUAUACUCGAUAUUACCCCCCGGCCUCCCUCCCUCCCCCAUUGCAUGCGGUACAAGUUGAUCACCGACACAUGAUGGCAUUAUGUCAAUAUAUCAAAGAAUGACAUCAUCAGAAUUUCAGUGUGGUGGCAUAAACAGCUGACCAGAGAAACAGCACAAAACAGCUGGCCAUGCAAAAGACGGGCCCGGUCAAAAGAAAAAAGACGUAGUAGGAUUCCAAAAACAUCAAAGAGUGAUGCUUGCGACCUUUAUUUAAUAUUUUUUUUCAUGCAACAAACUGCAUGGCCUGCGUCACUUAAAAGCGUUAAGUUAAAUUAAAUUUACAAGAUGUAUUUUACUUUUAGGUUUGGUUAGCAUUUGUUGCAUUAUAUUUAUAGCCAUUAAUGACAAUUUUUUUUUUGUUAAGGCAUUUCUAAAAAACUGUUAUAUUUUCUAACCUUUUUUAAAAAAAACAAUAAUUCAUCAUAUCACAAUUCAUCAAUGGGCCUGAGAAAAUUGAAAUUAGAUUAUCUAACUAAUGAACUUGAAAUUUUCAUUCCGAUCAGGUCUGCAGAGAUGUCAAGAGCUUUAGUUGUAAAAGUGGAUUCUAGAUCACUACAACAAGUUGAUGAACCUGAUGUAAGUUAUUCAUGUUAACCUUAAAGUUAAUGUGUAAUUGUUUGGUCAAUGCAAAGCUUUUUAUCUAAAAAAAAAUACAACUAGUGUCGUAGCGGGAUUAAUGCAAUGGCAUAAGUGAAAUAGAGGCAUAUAAAAAAAGUCUGGGUUUGGAGUAUAAGUAUCAGUAGUUUGAAUAAAAUUUGGAAAUCUUGGAUCUACCACAAUAUUAUAUAAAUAAAAUAAACAAGUUUGUUUUUGUGCAAAUAUUGCAAACAUAAUAUUUUUUAAUUGUAAAAUAUAACCCCCCCCCUCCCCCCCAUCCCCUUCAACCAACUCUAUUAAAUUUCAUCUAAAUUUCAAUGCCCUCUGUGUGUGCAUAAAAAUUUGCUUUAUGUCCAAAAAUAUUAUGUUAAUUGAUGUCAUUUUCAAAAAUAGAUAGCAUCACUUUCCAUUAUUAAAAAGCUUAUUUAUUACUUGUAACAGGAAUUUUGGACAGAUUAUGACAGUUAUGUCCUUGCUAAAAGCUAUUUUGAUGUCAAAGAGUUUGACAGAGCUGUACAUGUACUGCGUGAAUGCAACAGUCCGAAACCUUAUUUCCUUCGUCUAUAUUCACUUUAUAUGUCUGAUCAAAAAAGAAAAGCUGACAACAUGCCUGAUUCUAAUGGUAAAUAAACUAUUUAUUACAUUUUUAUUUUAGAUAGUAAUUUUGAUCUCAUUUUAAUUUGAACAUGCUUUAAAAAUUAUGCUUUAUUAUAGUACAAAAGAUGUGAGACACUAAUAACACUGAAAGCGUUUUAUUUUAUAUGUAAUGGGGAAAUUCCCCUAACUAAACAAACUUACAGAAAUUAGUUGCUGAAAUGGAGGAAUCCUACUUUUGCUGACAAAUUGGUUGUGAAACAUCCACCUGAAAACAUCUGAAUUCAAGGAAAUUUAGCAGGAUAGCAGAACAAAGUGUCACUGUAUUCCAAAUGAACUUACUUUUGAAUAUAUUUAUAUGUGUUUUAUGUUAACUGAUUCAUUUUUGUUCUUGCAGCACAAUCUGAAGUAUUUGAUAAUGAGAUAUUGAAAAUUCUUCAGUCUGAGUUGUCUGAAAAGCACAGCAAAAAAGAACUAGAUGGUUUUGGGUUGUAUUUGUGAGUAUAAUUUUAAAAAAUUGAUUCUUCUUUCAGUUCAACUCGGCAUACCGUAUUGGUUUUAUAUUUGCUUAUGUAAACAAAAAUUACAUUCCUUUAGUAAAAAAUAUCACAUAGAUACAAGUUCUUGUUCAAACACAUGAUGAAAGCUAUGCAGAAUAAAAUUUUGAAUCAAGAUAUCUGACUCAAAUGAAAUAUUGCUUUCCAUUUUCAAUAACACUUGUUAUUUUUUACCAAUUUGUAUAGGUAUGGAGUUGUUUUGGCAAAAUUAGACCUUCAUUAUAUGGCAAUAGAAAUAUUUGUGGAGUCUGUUACUAAAGAACCUUUAAACUGGGCAGCUUGGAUGGAACUUGCAAGGCAUAUUGCUGACAAAGAAUCAGUAAGUCAUUUUAAGAUAAUAGUCAUAGAUCAAAUGGCUGGAAUUCAUGUAAAUAAAAGAUUAAUUUAUUAAAGAAAGAAAUAUGUCUACAUAGAAAAUGUGAUGCAGAUUGGGACAGGUAAGAUUAGAGGUGAACACAAUCAGACCAAAGAUUUGUAAAAGUGUAUGUUAAAAUGUUUUCUAACUCAUCAGUUUUUUUUAUUCCAACAUAAAAUCUAUGCACAUUUUUCAUGUCUUUAAUUUCUUUGACCUUUUAAGUAUAAGUCCUUAAAAAUUAUAUUUUUAUAAAUUGUGUUGUGGCUUUCUUUUCAGCUGCUGUCUCUCCAACUACCUCAGCACUGGAUACGAUCAUUGUUUAUGGCUAAAGUUUACAUGGAGCUUCAACUGCAUGAGGAUGCUCUUUCCAUUUACAGAACUUUUAUGGACCGGGGCUUUGGGGAAAGUUCGUAUAUAGUGGCUCAAGUAGCUGUGACAUAUCAUGAUAUGAGAGGUAAAAACUGCUAAAUUCCAGACAUUGACCAUUUCUAAAGUGGUUUUAAUAGAUAGCAGAGGAUGAUUGAUUACAAAUAUGUACGAUCCUCAUCAUAUACUCUGGUUAACUAAGAGUUAAUUUUAGACAGUAACAAAUUUUUGUUUGCUCUUAAGUUUUGUUAUGCGUAACCCCUCAAUGAAUGUUAUGCAUUUAGAGCACCUGAGAUUUUAUUUACAAGUAGCUAGCUCAUCAACUUUUGAAAUAAUUUUAUUAACUAAUAAGACAUUUAUAAUUGUUUAAAUAACUUGAUCAGAUAGUUUGUAUAUUUUAUAUGACAUGUUACAAUAGCAACUUUUAUUAUAUACUAGCUAAUUUGUUGUUGCUUUUUGAAUCUGUCGACAGAUGUUGAUUUGGCUGUUCAGACAUUUAAAUCUUUGGAAGUAAUGGACCCAUAUAGGAUAGAGAAUAUGGAUAUUUACUCUAAUUUGCUGUAUGUAAAAGUAAGCAAAGUUUUUAUACAAUUAAAUCUAUGACAUACAGAUCUGCAUUUGACAUCAUGAAAAUAUUUUUAUAGCAAUAUGCUAAGAUCCUUUUGAACUUUUGAUUGUUUUAAUAUUUUCAGGAGAAAAAAAGUGAGCUGGCACAUCUUGCUCACAAAUGCUGCACUGUCAAUAAAUACUGUGUGGAAACAUGCUGUGUUAUAGGUAGGAUAAGUUUUAUAAAUUAUUAAUGAAAUUUCUUUAACCUUCUGCUAGAAUGAAGCACAAAAUUUUGCUGUUCAGUUUGCUUUUACAACUUAAUUUUGGGCUAGCCACCAAAAUGACUCAAUAAUCGCUUUCAAAUUCGCUAAAUUGAAUUAAACGCAUGAUUAUAACAUGUUAUCAAUAUCUCAGCAUAGUUUAGCAUUACCAGUGUAUUUUUCUUUCUUUUUUCUGGUGAAAUGUUUUUUUUUUUUUUUUAAUAUUUUUAUUUUUUUCUCAACAGGAAAUUAUUACUCUCUGCGUUCACAACAUGAGAAGUCAAUUCUCUACUUUCAGAGGGCUUUGAAGCUCAACUCCAACUACAUCUCAGCCUGGACCUUAAUGGGUCAUGAGUACAUGGAGAUGAAAAAUACUUCAGCUGCUAUACAAGCCUAUCGUAGAUCUAUAGGUAUUUGCCUUUUGUUAUUAAAAUUAUUGAUUGUAGUUAUCAGUGUAUUCCUUUGUUGGUAUAAUGUUAUAUCAUUUAGUUGUUUGUUUUUUUUAAAGAAGAAAUGUCAUUACCUGGAUAAAUUCAUAAAAAUUAAUAUUUCAUUUUUUAUGAUAAAACAGAUGCUAGAAUGAAUGGGUUUGAUUAAAACUAUGUCACACCAUAAAUGUUGAAAUAUUAUCUCAGUCAUGAGGGAGAUUAUUUUAUUUGAAAAGCUUUUGUUGACUAAAAGUUCAUGCAAAAAGAAAUUGCUUUGACAUUUUUUCAUGUAAUCUAAGGGAUCAUUAUUUUUUACUGUUCAGAGGUAGAUAAGCGAGACUACAGAGCUUGGUAUGGUCUUGGACAGACUUACGAAAUACUUAAGAUGCCUUCAUAUUCUUUAUACUAUUACAGAAAAGCACAGACUUUAAAGUAAGCAAAAUAAAUUUUUAACGUUUCAUCAAAUGAAACCAAAUGUUACCCUGCUGUGAAAUAAGAUUAUUUGCUUGUCAUUUCUUCUGGCGAAAUACUUAUUUUCUCCCCUUUUAUUCUCUAAAUUCUCAUUUCAGACCAAAUGACUCAAGAAUGGUUAUAGCUCUUGGUGAAUGUUACCAAAAAGUAGAAAGACUCCAGGAAGCCAAAAAGUGUUUCUGGAAGGCCCAUUGCCUUGGUGAUGCAGAGGAAAUUGCAUUGUUCAAGUUAGCCAAGUCAGUAAAAUAAUAUCCUUUUACUGCACUUUCUAUUCAUAAAUACUAUUUUUUGGCUGUUAAUUUUUUUCUUUAAAAACAAAACGAAAUAAAUGAUACACAAGUAUAUAUUAAUGUGCCCCAAGUUUACAAGCCAUUUAUUCUUUGUAUUAUGCUGUUAAGUAAAUGGUUUUUCUUAAAAAAUUGUUUGUGCAAUUGGCCUUUGUAACCUGCCCGAUGUGUGAAACUAAUAAUAAAAUUCACACCCCACCAACCCUUUUUUCAGUUGUAUCUCAUAAAUUAUGGCCACACACCUGUUUCCUUUUCAAAUUUUGUUUGUGUUUGUUGCCGUUAAGGCUCAUUAACUGUUUUUUUUUUUGUUUUUUGUUUUUUAAAACUUUAAAUCAAUAUAAAAACUACCAGCCAGUUUGUAUACACAAGCUUCUACUUUAUCUAUCAUUUGCUUUACUCUCUUGAUUUCAAUAACAUUAUUUGGUGGCAUAAAUGUCAUGCUAGGUUGAGAUUAAUUUAUUUAUUUAUGUUUAAUUUUAAUACUUCCUUCAUGACAUAAAAAAACAUUAGUCUUAAAUAUGUUUAUAAAAAAAAUUUUAACCCACCCCCCCCCCCCCCCCCCAGCCUGUAUGCAACACUAGGUGAAAAGGAGCAAGCACGUCAGGCAUAUACAGAAUACAUCAACCAAGCUGACAGGAUGCUGGUAUGAUAGUGUUUCUAACAUGUAUAUGACCAGUUAUUUUACCUUCAGCUCUAAAUAUGCAGAUCAAAUUUGUACAAAAAAUUACUGUUUUUUUUUUUUAAACUUACAAUGAAUUGAUAAUAGGGAUGUUAAGCUGCAACGGUCAUCUUUAAUAUAGAUUCUUUUGUUAAAGGUUGUUAAAGCCGCUUGCUCAUCCAUACGACCAAACAUCUUUCUUUUUUAAAGCAUGUGUUUUAAAUAAAUUGAAAAAGUUUUGUUUUUUUUUAAUCUCUUAAUUUCUAUUGACUAUGUACCGUGCUUCAAGCCUUAAAUUGGGAUGAAGCGUGUUUUCGAAAUAAACUUAAUAAUUAUUUAUUAUUAUUAUUUCAUGAAUGAAGGUCUUUUAAAUAUAAAACAUAUACGAAUUAAAGUCAAUAGUGAAAAGGUUUCUCCUUUGAAUAACUCCCUUUAAAUAAGUGCUUGAAUUGUUCAUCUUAGAUUCACAACCAUGAAGACUUAAGUAGAGCCUACCUGUAUCUAGCCAACUACUACAUAGAUCACAAGAACUGGGAUGAGGCUUACACAGCAGCACAAAAAUGUACAGAGUUUACUGAGGUACUACUACCUUUUCACCAUUAGGGAUGUGCAUUUAAUUAGCAUCAAUGCUGUUGACAUCAUUUUCUUGAGAUAAAUAUAUACAUUUCUCCAAUUCCUGUGUGUAUGGCAUUUUAGCAGAUACACAUAUAUUAUGUUUUGAAAUGAUUUUUCUAUUAAAAAAUUCAAACAGAAUGAAGCUCUUGAUUAGAAGUUGUUCACUAGUACUUUUAACUCAUUCAGCCAUUACCUUAAAUAGUAGUAUGUACAAAUAUUUAUUCCCAUGUACAUUUUUUAUAGACCACCUAAUGUAAGAUCUUUUUUCCAAAUUUCCCUUAUAAUUGCCUGAACACAUUCCUGCUCUCGAUGUUCCUAUGUUUUCAGUGGAUUAUCUAAAACCUAAAUCAUUCUAAUUUAUCAUAGACGAGAGAAGAGGCUAAAGGUCUGCUGAGAACAAUACAAACCAGGCGCCUUCACGAUGUCCCCAUAACCCCAGGAGGCAUGAGUAUAGACGAUAGCAUGGACAGUAUAGCACCGACGGAUCAGUUCAAUGCAGGAGCACCGAGAGCUUUUGACAGAGUUACGCCCGUCAAUUUAAAGUUUACUCCUUAGCUCUUGUAAAUAUUAGUAAUAAGGGGAAUUUCUAGAAUAAAAUGAUCAGCUGUUCCUUCUCAGUGCAACAGAGAGUUUUCAAUGAUAUAAGACUGGAACCCAUUCUGUAUAUUGGAUGGACAUGCAUAGAUUGGCCAUGGGGUUGGUUAGCACACAUUGUAAAUACACUAUGGACUAGUAAUUCAAAACUGGAGGGGUCUCAAGUUUGCCAACAUCUACGUUGUUGGAAAUCAAAAUCCGAUGAUGCUAAACAGUUAAUAAAACGAUUCUCUAUCAUUUUUCCAAUUUUCAAGUGGCUGAAGAGUUUUGUUUAGUGACCAUAGUUUUUGAAUUCAUCAUAAUUUUACUUAGUAAGCUUGCGAUGUUGUUAAAACUAAAACAAUUGUUGAGACUAUGGUCUAACUUGUUUUAUCGUUCAUAAAAAGCUUUUAAAAAAUAAAUCCAUUCAAUUUGAAUUGAAAAAACACAUUUCUAAGGGAGCUAAUAAAAUGAAAGUUUUACUAAGGUGGUCAGCAAAAUUUGCACAUGUAUAUUAAAAUAUUAUGCUAGCAAUGAGGAAAACUUGCAAAUAUGACACCAUGACCUCUGACUGAAAACACCAUGACCUCUGACUAAAAAAUGCAUGCAAAAAUGGUCAUUGGAUCAGAAUGAUGAUUUAAAUAAUGAAUGAAUUAUUGCAUGUAAGUGUAAGAAAGAAUGUCAACUAAUUAUCAUAUUCAUUUUUCAAAUGAAUAAUGGUAUCGCUAAAUAAAGCUGCUUACUAAUAAUAAUUCAAACUGGCAAAAGGGAAUUGUAAAAUUUUAUUCUUUUACAGUUAUAUCUUUCUUAAGUGCAAGUCUAUUUUUCAUUUCAUGUAUCUGCUCUCCUGUUUUUCAACUGCAGAUGUCAUUGAUGUACAUAGCUAUUUAAGUCAACUAAAUUUUUGAUGGUUUGUUCAUUGUAAUAUAAUGCCUUCCUGUGUUCA